GCUCCGCGGCGUGGCUGCUUCAGAUGGUCGGCACUAGCAGCGUGCGCUGAGCGGGGUUGGGGUUAAGUCGGGAGCUGCGGUCCCGGUGGCGGCCAGAAGGGGACAGGCAGAAGGGCUAGGGCGGCGUCGGCGACAGCAGCAGCAGCGAGAGCGAGAGCAGCGGCCGGAGCAACAGCGGAGCCUCGCGGAGAGAGGCACCAGGCAGGUAGAGCGAGCUCCCGCGGCCUCGUCGCUUCGCUGCCCGCUGGCAACGGCUGUGAGGGAGGCGCCUCCAUGUCGGACAACCAAAGCUGGAAUUCCUCGGGCUCCGAAGAGGAUCCCGAGACCGAAUCCGGGCCGCCUGUUGAGCUCUGCGGAGUCCUCAGCAAGUGGACCAACUACAUCCAUGGGUGGCAGGACCGGUGGGUGGUCUUGAAGAACAAUACUCUAAGUUACUACAAGUCUGAAGAUGAAACUGAGUAUGGCUGCAGGGGCUCAAUCUGUUUGAGCAAGGCUGUCAUUACACCCCAUGAUUUUGAUGAGUGCAGAUUUGAUAUUAGCGUCAAUGAUAGUGUUUGGUAUCUACGGGCUCAGGAUCCAGAUCAUAGACAACAAUGGAUAGAUGCAAUUGAACAGCACAAGACUGAAUCUGGCUAUGGAUCAGAGACGAGCUUGCGGCGCCAUGGCUCUAUGGUAUCCCUUGUGUCUGGAGCAAGUGGGUAUUCGGCGACAUCGACCUCCUCAUUCAAGAAGGGCCACAGUUUGCGUGAGAAGCUUGCUGAAAUGGAAACCUUCAGAGACAUAUUGUGUAGACAGGUUGAUACGCUACAGAAAUACUUUGAUGCCUGUGCUGACGCUGUCUCCAAGGAUGAACUUCAGAGAGAUAAAGUGGUAGAAGAUGAUGAAGAUGAUUUCCCUACAACGCGCUCUGAUGGGGAUUUUUUGCACAAUAGUAAUGGAAGUAAGGAAAAAUUGUUUCCACAUGUAACGCCCAAAGGAAUAAAUGGCAUAGACUUUAAAGGGGAAGCUAUAACUUUCAAGGCAACUACUGCUGGAAUCCUUGCUACACUUUCCCAUUGUAUUGAGCUAAUGGUAAAACGCGAAGAAAGCUGGCAGAAAAGAUUGGAUAAGGAAAUUGAAAAGAGGAGGAGAAUAGAAGAAGCCUACAAAAAUGCUAUGACAGAACUUAAAAAAAAGUCUCAUUUUGGUGGGCCAGAUUAUGAGGAGGGUCCCAACAGUCUGAUUAAUGAAGAAGAAUUCUUUGAUGCUGUAGAAGCUGCUCUUGAUAGGCAAGACAAAAUCGAAGAACAGUCCCAGAGUGAAAAGGUCAGAUUACACUGGCCAUCAUCAUUGCCACCUGGUGAUGCAUUUUCUGGUGUGGGGUCUCACAGAUUUGUCCCAAAGCCCUAUAGUCGCUCUUCCUCCAUGUCUUCCAUUGAUCUAGUCAGUGCCUCUGAUGAUGUUCACAGAUUCAGCUCCCAGGUGGAAGAAAUGGUGCAGAACCACAUGACCUAUUCAUUACAGGAUGUGGGGGGAGAUGCUAAUUGGCAGCUGGUGGUUGAAGAAGGUGAAAUGAAGGUGUACAGGAGGGAAGUGGAAGAAAACGGCAUUGUUCUCGAUCCUUUGAAGGCCACACAUGCAGUCAAAGGCGUCACAGGGCAUGAGGUCUGCCACUACUUCUGGAAUGUUGAUGUUCGUAAUGAUUGGGAAACAACCAUUGAGAAUUUCCAUGUAGUAGAAACUUUAGCAGAUAAUGCAAUCAUAAUCUACCAGACACACAAGAGAGUGUGGCCUGCUUCUCAACGUGAUGUGCUGUAUUUGUCUGCUAUUAGAAAAAUACCAGCUUUCAAUGAAAACGAUAGUGAAACAUGGAUUGUCUGCAACUUCUCUGUGGAUCAUGAUAGUGCUCCUUUGAACAAUCGAUGUGUUCGUGCCAAAAUAAAUGUUGCUAUGAUAUGUCAGACGUUGGUAAGCCCACCAGAAGCGAACAAGGAGAUAAGCAGAGACAACAUCCUAUGCAAGAUUACCUAUGUAGCAAAUGUGAACCCUGGAGGUUGGGCACCAGCUUCUGUGUUGCGGGCAGUAGCAAAGCGAGAGUACCCAAAAUUCUUGAAGCGGUUCACAUCGUAUGUGCAAGAGAAAACGUCAGGAAAGCCUAUUUUGUUCUAGUGUUAACAGCUCCGUCUUAGCUUUGUUGGUGGUAAUCAGAACUGAAGCUUUCAUCCAUUCCCCUCCCUCCUCCAUCCCCAGUGAUUGGAACAAGGCUGUGUGAACAUUCCACAUGGAGAAAUGAACCAAAAUGAAUGCUCCAAGCUGGAACGUAGGAUCUACAGUCUUAUGACCCAAGUCCUGGAUUCUGUACUCAACUGAAGAAAUACUGCAAUGCCAUGGCGCUGAUCUUUCACUGUCUUCUGCUAGCUCACCUUGCUGAAUUGGUGUGUAAUUAUAAACAAAACACAAAAUACAUGUGUUGAUACAUGUAUGUGGCUCUACUUUAUUUGCUUGCUUUAGAGAAGAAAAAUACAACUUUUGGAUCACCAACUUGGUUUAUUGCUUUAACUUUUGAAUAAUUUGAAAAGCUUUUGUUUACUGUGGAUCUUCAUCAUAAGACUCUUGCACAGCUUCCAUUUUGUGUAUGUCUAAAAAAAGCACAAAGGACAAAUGCACAUAUAACAUACUGUAUGUGCUUUAUAUACACAAAAACCUGCGUGUUGUAACUUUUUUCCUUAAGGUUUUCAGUAAACUCUGUCUUUCGGGGGGGGGGGAUUUUCUGUUUGCUUUGUAUAAUCAUAGUUCAUUGCUGCUGGUUUCUAUGAUAAAUCAUAUUGUUAUGUAAGACAUCUCUUAAUAUGAGAGGGUUGUUGAGAUCCUUACGACUUUGCCUUUUCUAUGGUCUUGCUCCUAUGAAGAUCUUCAGGGUUCUGAUGGAGUAAGUGUGAAAAGCUUUAUUUCCCCCUCCCCCAGAUAUCUUUAUAUUUCUAUUGUAUUUUUUAGUUGUGUAAAAUGUGCUACAGAAAUUUAGUUCUUGAACAUGAUCCAGAAUUUCUAAAUAGGUAGAGGACGUGAGCAGGAAGGCGUGAGCACCCAAAAAAGUGUCUUGCCCAGGUUGUGUGUGAUGGCCUUGCUUUCUUGCAAUCUGAUUUCCUGAAGCUGCAAGAAGUUAACACUGUGUAAUAUUUAUUAAAGUAAAUUGGAAUACAUAAUAUAACAUUCCCAGUCACAAAGAAAGAGCAAAUAUGCUGUUUUCUGGUCCUGCAUGUUUGUUUGUUUUCUGUUCAAUAAAGCUGUGCUAUGAAGUUCAUACAUACAACCUUUCACACAUGUAAUAUUUGCCCCCCACCCACCCACAAUCUGCAUUGUAAAAUGUAAAAAAUCCAUAAAAGCGAAAAAGCAAAGUUCCCCUUAGUUGCUGUGAGAACUUAACUUUCAAGGAUAUGCCUGUCUGUGAUGCCAACAAAUAACAUGAAAAGUGAACUGUGACAAAAGACUGGUCGUCCUUUUGAGUGUUGGUUGUGCUUUUAAAUGGAGAUUAUUCAGAGGAUUUGUUUUGUUUUGUUUUUUUAGCUGUUAGAUCAACUUGUGUAUAUAUAUAGAGAGAGAGACGAGAUUUGGAUAUAUUUUUGAAAAGAGAGCAGAAAGUCUUAUUUCAUAUAGAGUAACUGAUGCCUGAAAACAAAGACAGUACUUUUUAAUGAAGAUAUAGCUGAUGAAAAUCGUUGAGGUUGGAAGCAAAUUUUCUUGGGUAUGGCUGGUGUGUCUUGGAUAUGCUAAGGUAGACACACUAUGGUUGAUUUAUACACAUGCACACAGAUUCCAUGUUUUUUAGUCUCCUUUAUUUGCCUUUCUCUAAAUAAUGUGCAUGGAAUAUGCCUUAUUACAGAAUAAUUCUGAUCAUGAUUUGAAAAUGUAGAAGAGAAGUGCCUAUGGGGUAAU